GUCACAACUGGAUUUAGGAUGAUAUAAUGGAGAAUAACUAUUAAUAUUUUUUCCAGCCCUGAUAAAGUGCAGACAUGGGGAAGGAAAACUGCACCACUGUGACCAAGUUCAUUCUCCUCGGGUUCUCUGAUGCCCCUGACUUGAGAGUCUUCCUCUUCCUGGUGUUUCUUGUCAUCUACGGAGUCACGGUUUGGGGCAACCUGGGCAUGAUUGCGCUGAUUCAUGUCAGCCCUCGGCUCCACACCCCCAUGUACUUUUUCCUCAGCCACUUGUCCUUUGUGGAUUUCUGUUACUCCACCGUCAUUGUGCCAAAGAUGCUAGACAGUAUCUUCAAGGAAGACAAAACCAUUUCCUUCCUGGGAUGUGCUGUGCAAUUCUACUUGUUUUGCACGUGUGGGGUAAUCGAGGUCAUCCUGCUGGCUGUGAUGGCCUAUGACCGCUUUGUGGCCAUCUGUGACCCUCUGCUGUACAUGGUGACCAUGUCCCGAAGCCUCUGUGUGGAGCUGGUGUCUUGCUGCUACCUCUGUGGGACUGUGUGUUCUCUGAUUCACUUGGGUUUAGCUCUUAAGGUCCCAUCCUACAGAUCAAAUGUGAUUAACCACUUCUUCUGUGAUCUACCCCCGCUUUUAUCUCUUGCCUGCUCUGAUGUCACUGUGAAUCAAUUGCUGCUAUACGUUGUGGCCACUUUCAAUGAGAUCAUCACCAUCGUGAUCAUCCUCACCUCCUACUUGUUUAUUCUCAUCACCAUCCUGAGGAUGCCCUCUGCAGAGGGCAGGUCCAAAGCCUUUUCCACCUGUGUCUCCCACCUCGCAGCCAUCAUUGUCUUGCAGGGAACAAUCCUUUUCAUUUAUUUGCCCCGGUCUGGCAGCAGUAGGGAUGCUGACAAAGUGGCCACGGUGUUCUACACUGUGGUGAUUCCCAUGCUGAACCCCCUGAUCUAUAGUCUGAGGAAUAAGGACAUGAAGGAAGCCCUCAGAAAAGUGGUGAACUCCACAAUACUUUCCUAGAGAACAGUUUUCUAGCAGAACUCAGAGCCCCAAAGUGGAGG